AUGUUUGCUGGGUUAGCUUUGAGUUCGUACCUUGCUUUUCUUGUCACGUUCGUUUCUGGUGUUCCUCUAAGCACGAAAAGUAACUACGGCGUGGUAAGGCACAAUGGAUCACUGGACCGACUUGUGUUUCAAUGUGCAUCGUCAUUGCAGAGUUCAGAUCUGACGAAGAGUGAAAGUGGGGUCGUUUUCACGGGCUGUUCAAUCCCCAUUCGAACAAGAACAGGGGAAAGCGCACCUACACCCGAACCCGUAGACUCAGCGCCCGGCGACCCUCCUGCAAGCACGGACGAUGGUGCGGCUGCACUUACGUCAUGUUCUGAUAAAAGGGAGGUAUUUUUGCUCGAUGAUUUAGAGCACAUCAGUAUGUUCAGAGAAGCGACUGCAGCUGAAAAGGGCUCUCAAGAUAUCGCACAUCGAGCUACACCUGGAAGUAUGCGAUUCAGGUCGCAAUCAAGUAUGACUAGAAAUUUCGUAUUAGACGAAUGGAUAGUACACAAGAAGCCAUCCGACUGCAGACAACCUUUCGAUUUUUGCAGAUGCGUUCGUGUUAUUUGUCCUCCCAAUCACUACCGUUGUAUAUGUGAACUGAAAUGCUAGGACUUUUCAAAAUUCUUUUGAUGGCCCGCUGCUUUAGCGACGUAGACCGAAGGAGUAAUCUUUCUAAACGCCAAAGAAUUCUUUCUGCGGGCCGACAUGUACCGCGGAGAGCAUCUACAUAGUCGGGAGACCUGGACAGGAAGCAUGGCCUUCCAGUUUUCUCCUAAUAUAAACGGCAUUGAAGGAUAUUUUAGGUCUGCCGAGAGCUUCAUUCUAUCACACAAACCUUCAAAUGUAAUAAAAGCACCGAUGGCACAUGAUUACUAUUGUU